AGCGUCGUACAUUUUAAACGAGUAUCGCGAUUUUAAUAGAGCAAAAACCCAUCACCAUAAUACGAAACGUGUCAGUUUGCAUGCAUGCAAGGCGCCCUCACACCACACACGUGUCACCCACACAGCGCAAUCCCAUUUCCCAACUGACGAACUUCCUUUAAAUUGCCGCUAAAACCGCCAAGAAGAUCACAAAACCAAAACUGAAACUAGUCUGAGAAAUCACAUAUGCCGAAGACACCCUCAUCAUCGUCUUCUUCUUCCUCGGAUCCGCCAUGGGAGGCCCUCUUUCUCAUCGCCCGCCACCUCGAUGCCAAAACCCUAGCCAUAGCCUCCUGCGUCUCCAAGUCCUGGUUCUCCUCCAUGUCCUCCGACCACCUCUGGCACCCUAUCUGCUCCGCCCACUUCCCCGCUUUCUCCCACCUCCGCGACACCGGAGCCGGCGCAGCCGUGCCCUACCACCUCCUCUACACCCUCGGCCGCGCCGCCGCCCUCCGCCGACUCCGCCGCCCCCCGAAGCCCCGGGUCUCCCUCGACGAUCUCCUCUUCACCAUCGACAUCUUCGUCGAGGACCGCCUCGUCGCCACCGUGGCGAGGCCCGGCGAGGAGCUGGGGGCUGCCACGAACGGCGUCUUCCGGUUCGAGAUCGACGUGGGGGAGAAGGGAGCGACGGUGGAGCGAGCGAGGUUGGAGGGAGUGAGGGUGACGUGGCACGUGGUGGCGAAGGGGUGGACGGGGGCGGUGGCGAUGGUGGAGGGGGGAGGGAAGGGGAGCUUCGGGCCCGCUGCGACGAUGGGGUGGUUCUCGGAGGAGCUGCUGACUCCGGGGUGUUGCGCAGCGGGGGCCGGGGGAAGGAGUGGGCUAGUGGCCGAGUUGAAGCUAGGGUUUUGCGGCGGCGGUGGCGGCGACGAGGUGAGGGUAGAGAAGGUGUGUGUGGGGGUAUUGAGUAUAAUGAGUUGGAGUUAUCUGAGCAUUGAGUGUGCUCUUCGGCAUUUGCAGCAUUUUAUUCUCCCCUAGUGAUGAUGUAAUUUGAUGAUGUACGUCUGGUUUGUAUUUACCUUAUGGAAAAGUAAAUUACUA